UCACCAACGCAUCACUCAAAUAUUAUUUCUUCAGCUACCAACAAUUUAAAUAAAUAAAUAAAUAAUAAUAAAGAAAGCUAAACCUAAAUUAACUCUCCGUCCACCGGCGGCAUAGCGACGACGGUUCAGUCACUCAGCCGCCGUGAUCACACUCACAUCCUUUGUCAUGUCACCGGCAGCCGAAGAGUUCUCAUUUCAAAACCCUAACCCCAGCCUUCACAAACUUCAUACUGAUUCAGGUAUAUUCAAUAAUGACAGUAAUAAUUUUAAUUUUAUGAAUUUAAAUAAAUUCGAUUUUGGUAGUUCAAGUGAUACCGCUACUGCGGCGGCCGUUCGUUUGUCGAAAAAGAGACACGUGAAAGUGAAGAAACAUAGUUUAGGGAGUAGAAAAGAUGUUAAUAGUAAAAGUAAUAAUGUUGAUUUUGAAUAUGUAUUUAGUGCGAGUGAUAGUGGUUCGAGUUUAGGGCAAACUAGUAGUAAUGAGUUUAGUGUGUCGCGGUUCGAUAUAGGAGUUAACGUAGGAGAUGACGAGGUUAGGUUGAAGUCGGGUGGUUUGGAUGAAAAAGUGGAUACUAGAAAUGCUAGUGAAAUGGGUGAUGGUAAGUUUGGGAAAGUUAACGGUGUGGAUUUUGUGUUUGGUGCAAAGGUGAACGAUGGUGUUGAUAGGUUUGUGAAGGUCGAUAAGUUUACAAAUGAGGCUGAAGCUGGAUCCCAUUUGGUUGAUUCUAUGUCAGGGCUGAAUCUUGGAACACGAGGGUUAGAUGAAGAGGAACCAAUGAUUGAUAGGUCUAAGGUAGAGGAGAAUAAGAUGAAGGAUAGUAGGAAAUUUGGAAAUGUGGAUUUUGUGUUUUCUGCUAAUCUUGGAGAUGCUAGGACUGAUAUGAGUAACAGGAAAGAAGAAUCUAAAGAGAAGAUUGGGAAGUUGGAUGCUAAUAUGGUGUUUGGUGCGCCUAUGGAUGUGGGAAUGGCAAGUGAAGGUUUUGGGAAGAAAGAUGGCAGGGUUAGUGAUACGGAGAAGGGAUCUGGUGAUAGUGCUAAGAGGAAUCUAGAUAGUGGAGUAAUGUUUUCGAAUGAAAAAGUUAAUGGAGCUUUUCAUAUUGGAAGCCGGAAUGGAAAAAGGCCCGGAUUCAAGGCAAGUAGGAAAGUCAAUGGCGUAAAGGGAAAUUUGAAGAGUGAAGGAGUAGGAAGCUGUGAUCUUUUGGAGAAGCAAGACGGUAAUUUAGACUCCGUCCAUGAUGGUAACUAUGGUUUUGUUUCUGGAAGUAAUUUAGGCAAUGCUUUUGGUGAUACCCCUCAAUCUAAAGUCUCUGAUGAGACAAAGACAUCAAAUAUUCAUGACCCAACAAAAGUCAAUAUUACGAAUAAGAUCAAUGGUUCUGAUGGUGAUUUAUCUUCCCAAUUUAGCAACUCAUUUGUGUUUGGAAGCGACAAAAGAAAGGUUGCUCAAGAAACACAUGAGGUGAAUAAGGUGCCAGUGUUUGAAGAAAAAGGAAAGAGUGACAGGGGUACUAAGGUGACUUCAUUUAGCCGCAACGAAACAUAUCUAUCAUCUUUGACCAAUGGAUCUGGAAUAACCAAUAACUUCGGAUCUCUAAGUGAUGCUGGUGGAUUGGAGACUUCAUUUACAGGCUUUAACACACCAGAUAUCAAUUUGGCAACUUCCUUCACAUCAGAUAUGUUAUCUGGUUUAGGUAUGAAGUUGGAUUUUAGUAAAAGCAAAUCUGUGGGCCUAAGGAAAUUAAAGAAAAAGGCAAAGUUGAGGCAGAAAGGCAUGAAUUGUCAUCAGGGGGGUCGUACUUGUGUAUCUAAAGAGGUCCCACAUGCUUUUGAUAAAUCUUCUGGAUGUUCACCGAUGGAUUUCUCUCCUUAUGGUGGUACUGAAUGUGCAUCAACUUCUCCUGACCCUGCAACCUUUCAGGCUAACAAUGAAGAUGCUGUUGAUACCACAGAGAAGUUCAAUGUAAAAGACGUCUCAUCAUCUUCCUCUACAUCAUUUGCUAAUGUGGAUGUGUCUGCAAGACGACGUCCCCAACAGAAGAAAUAUAAGUUGAAGAUUGGCCGUGAUUUAGAAUUUAAUGCUCCAAAGAACAGAGUUGAUGCAUCUCAUGCUUAUGAGUUUACUAGACGAGGGCAUACUAUGGCUUCAGAUCAGGAAAUAUGUGACAAAUGGCGAAAAAGGGGAAACCAGGCAUACAAGAAUGGCGAUUUAUCAGAAGCUGAAGUUUGUUAUUCAAAGGGUAUUAACUCAAUACAACAUAGUGAGACACCAGACUUCUGUACAGAGCCUCUUCUUCUGUGCUAUAGCAAUCGUGCAGCUGCUCGCAUGGCUCUUGGGAGGUUGAGAGAAGGCUUAAAGGACUGUAGAGUGGCCGCUGCAUUAGACCCCAAUUUUGUCAAGGUCAACUUGAGAUCUGCAAAUUGUCAUUUACUUCUAGGAGAGCUAGAGGAAGCAAUCUACUAUUAUAACAAGUGCUUGGAGUCUGAUAUCAUUUUGGAUAGGAGAGUUGCAAUUGAAGCUGCCGACGGCCUGCAGAAGUCACAGAAAGUUGCCGAUCAUCUUAGGCAGUCAGCAGAGCUUCUGAAACAGAAAACUUAUGAAUCAGCAACUAAUGCACUGGGAUUCAUUGCUGAUGCUUUGUCCAUAAGCUGCUAUUCGGAUAAAUUACUUAGGAUGAAAGGGGAGGCCCUUCUUUUGUUGGGGAAGCAUAAUGAGGUAGUUCAAAUGUGUGAGGAAACCUUAGAUUUAGCUGAAAAGAAUUUGGCAACUGGCGAUGGCCAUGAUUGCAAGAACGCAUUGAAACUUUGGAGAUGGAACUUGAUGUCCAAGUCUUGUUUUUAUCUGGGCAGGCUUGAAAUAGCUUUGGAUUUAAUUGAGAAACAUGAGCAACUGAGACUUACUGCAGACAAGAUUGUAGGCACUGACGAGUCAUCACUUUCUUUGGCUGUUACUAUACGUGAGCUUUUAUUCUCCAAGAAUGCAGGAAAUGAAGCCUUUCAGAGUGGUAAGCAUACAGAAGCAGUAGAGCAUUAUACUGCUGCAAUAUCGAAGAGUAUGAAAUCAUAUGCAUUUGCCGCUGUCUGUUUUUGUAAUCGUGCUGCUGCACUCCAAUCUCUGGGUGAAGUUGUUGAUGCAAUUGGAGAUUGCAGCAUAGCUAUUGCCCUUGAUGGAAGUUACCCAAAGGCACUCUCGAGAAGGGCUACAUUAUGGGAAAUGAUUAGAGACUACAAACAUGCAGCUGAUGAUCUUCAGAGACUCAUAUCUAUUCUUGAGGUACAGUCAGGAGGGAAUUUGCAAAAGUCUGCCACACUAGGGAAAACUGAUGGCAGUGCGAAAGAUUUAAGAAAAGCCCGCCGCCGUCUUUCUUCUGUAGAAGCAAAGGCAAAAAAAGAAAGGCCCUUAGAUCUUUAUCUUCUUCUGGGAGUAAAAUCUUCAGAUUCUGCAGUAGAAGUUAAGAAGGCUUAUCGGAAAGCAGCUCUGAGACAUCAUCCAGACAAGGCCGGACAGGUCCUAGCAAGAGCUGAAAGUGGAAGUGAUGGUCAACAUUGGAAAGUGAUUUCUGAAUCGAUCCAACUGGAUGCUGACAGACUCUUCAAAAUGAUUGGAGAGGCGUAUGCUGUGCUUUCAGAUUCCACCAAGAGGUCCAAGUAUGACCUUGAUGAGGAAAUGUGGGAAGACAUGAACAGAGACGUUGGUAGCAGUAGCAGGAGAGCUUCGGAAUCUUAUAGUUCUCCAUACGAUUUCACCACCCGGAAAAGUUCACAUGAAUCAAGAAAGACCUAUAGUAACUCCUACUAUUGGGAGAACUCGGGAAAGACUUACCAUAGCUCCUAUCCACGCUGGUAAAUUCAUAAAAAGCAUCCACACAUUAUUCUUUUUGGCUCAUCUCAUACAGGAUCAACGAGUUCCAGAUCGAGUUGUUAUAGAUGGCUUUGGUAGGCUCCAAACACCAAUACAGAUGAUCAGCCUUUCAUCUAAGAAAAAAAGUUGCAUGAGGAAUAAGUUAGACUACAUAUACAUGGUGAAAGUAGGAAUUCAAGCUGGAAGAUCAGAUGGAUCUUGAAUUGAAUCUUUCACCCAAUUUUGUGCUCAUUAGUUCAGUUGGCGCUCAUUCUAUUGUAUUACGAUAACCUUUUCUUACUAAAUUGAUGAUCAAGUUUAUAGAGAUGGAUCUUUGUGCAUAUUAUUCAGAUUCAAGACUCUAUUGUAUAUUUGUAUGCAGUAACAUUUUUCCUAAACGAAAAGGGCAAAACAUAGUUUGCUAAAAUUGUUGAUUUA